AUGAAGUUGACCUCUAUCACUCUUCUCCCGGCCGUGUAUGGCUUAGCUAGCCUAGCUCAAACAACAACUCUAGGCAUCGGUCAUGGAGUCGCCAACUACACAGACGGGCAUGCCGACAAUGCAGUUUGGGUGCUCGGCGACGACCCAUGCGAUUACAUUUACAUGGGUGUCUACGGAGAGGACAUGUGCGAGCUCAAUGAUGGAUGGUUCACGGCACCUGAUGGCUGUUCGUACCAUUUCACGGGAUGCGGGACCGGGAUAGGGAACUUCUGCCUCUCGAAUGCGGACGGCUCCAUCAAGUCGUGUCCCGACUGGAAUCGUGAAAUCCACGCGGCUGAAGGCUGCAGUGGCCCGGCAGGGAGCUACUAUGUCGACCGUUACUUCAUCUUUUAG